GAGGAGCAGGAGAAGAAGAAGCCGAAGGCGGCAGAACCAAACAGACAUGGCCCAGCAGAGCGACUCCUACUCCGGCUGCAAGCGGCCCUCCGACACCGUCCGGCUGAAGAGGAAAAGAGCCCGAAAUGCAGCGGAGAGUCCCGCGGAGAGCGCCUCUUCUGCGGCCUCUGCCCCCGGCCUCCACCGCGGCUCCAGGAGCAGAGGCACCCGCAGGAACCCCUUCGUGACGUGGGAGACCGCGCUCAGCCGCCCCACGAAGGUCUUAGUUGUGGAGGAGGACCGGGGGGUUCGGGAGGAGAGGUCCGCUCUGCUGAGGCUGAUGGCCGCGGAGAGGACAGCGGGGGACCGGCCACCCGGAGCCCGCGGCGCUCAGAAAAGCCUCCCUGAAGACGUUUCUCUGCUGGAAACCGAGGAGCCAGAUGUUCUGCUGCCGGAGAAGCUGCCGGCCAGUCCUCCCAGCAGCUGUGCGGAGUAUCCGACCGACUGGAGCCUGAAAACCCGGGCGCUCUUCACCUCCCCGCUGUCGUUGUCGUGGACGGAGCAGCCGAAGGCCCAGGAGGAGGCGGCGGGCCUCAGCAACAGCUGCAGAGCUCGGUUUGACGCUCUGCCGGAGGAUCUGGAGGAUCCCCGGUCCUGGUCUGAGGUCCGGUCCGCCUUCCAGCGGUGUCUGGUGUACUGGCAGCACCCGUCUCUGCCCUGGCUGUCCCUGUUCCCCAGGAUCAACGCCGAGAGGAACUUCUCUGGAAGGAGCGCCCCCUGGAGUCAGGAUACGACGGUGCAGGAGAGCCUCAUGAAGGAAUGGUCCAUCAGUUUGUCGUCUCUCUACAGCCUUUUAAAGGCAGGUCUGUGUCCGUACUUCUACGUCUGCUCCUAUCAGUUCACAGCGUUAUUCAGGACAGCAGGUCUCGCUGGGUCAGACCGCAUAACCGCCAUAAUUUCUCCCACAACGCACGGUCUCAGGGAAGCGAUGAAGACUGAAGGUGUGGAGUUCAGCCUUCCUCUGCUGAAGGAACGGAGCGGGGUCAAUGAGCAACUCAAAGUUCAACAGAGAGGAGAGGAGGAUGAUGAGGAAGAAAAAGAUCUCUUCCAGGUUGAGGAAGACGAUCAGAAAGGUGAUGGAUCCAGUCAAAAAAGAGAUGACAGCCUGUCUUGGCUAAAGGAGAUGGGAAUCCAGGACAAACUAGGGAAGCCUGAGUCCAUCAGCAUACAGAUACAGAAAGAAGGUCAGAGUCUUACCCUGGACCACAGACCAGAGUCUGCAGUGUGUGUGGAGGGGGCGCACACCUUCAACCUCAUCAACUUCCUGAUCAACUACCGGAGUGUUGUGGCUGCGGCCGGAUCUCAGACUGGUCUGCCACCGACCCUGCUGGCCCCCACCGCCUUCAGAGGCGCUACCAUGAAUGUGCUGAAGGGCCGCAGUGUGAAUGUGAAGAACUUGGUGGAUUAUAGCUACCACAACAUUAGCAGCCUGGAGCUCACAGGACCCAUCCUCCCUUCUUCUCUUCAUGCCAUCACAACUCUUCUUCAAACUGCACAAAAAGGCAACUUCUCUGCCGCUCUUUACACCCACACGCCGACUGCUGUCAUGAACAUAAAGACAUGUGAGGCUCAGUGUAGCAGCACAACAGGAAACGUGACUCAUUGCGGUCUUCCUCCUGCUUCCAUCGAUCACCUCCAGCGGCCUCCCACUCUGGGAAAAACCGCUCUGACCCACAUAGCGAUGGAGGACCACGCCUACACCUGGAAGAGCAGCUGAAACAGAGACACUGCAUUUAUUUUUAUAGAUUUUAUCACAAUCAAGCAUGUUUGCUGUUUAUUUUUUAGAAUGUAUUGACAAUAAAUCCUAUUUAAGCAAA